AGAAAAGGAUAGCCAUAGAGAUUCAUAAUGAGUGUAAAGAUAUAAACAAUAAACAACUGCUACUUUGCAAAUACAUAGUUAUAUACUGUAAAAAUACAAAAAUGUAAAUAACUUGUUUCCGUCGCGAUUGAAUUGUGCUCUUGUUACGGUUUUUAAAUAAGAAAACAAUGUCUUCUCUUUUAUUGCUCAAAUCAAUGCUGUAUGCCAAUGCACUCCAGAAGAGUAAAAAGAAGAAAAGCAGGAUGAAAAAAACGUAUAAACCACCUAAAAGAGAGACAAUAAACUUAAUAAAUAUGUGCAGGAUAUGUAACAAUGAAAAGGGAGAUAUUCCAAUAUUUAACAAUUUCAAUCAACCAAAUAUUCCUGAAGAAAUACAGAACUUUUCUGGUAUUGUUUUAAAUAAUGCUGAUAAUUUAUCAAAACAUAUGUGUCAAAGCUGUUUGGACCUGUUGAAUGGAUGUAUAAUGUUCCGAGAAAUGUGCCAGAGGAAUAAUAAACAUUUGAUUGAAGUUACUAUAAAACAAGAAUUUAUUCAAGACAAUGCAAAUUUAGAAGAAAAUAAUGAUCCAAAAGCUGAUAGUGAAGACUCAUACAAUGUCCCAUCACCAACAUUCUCCACAGAUAACUCAGAACUUCUCUCUCUAUGGCGAUGCAGCAAGUGUGCUGAAGAGUUUUAUGUUAUGUCUGACUACACCAACCACAUAAGCAAGUGCAAUGCUCGGCCCUCACAAGAAGCAAAGCCACCAGAGGAAGUAACUAAGAAGAAAUUCCUGUGUGACAUCUGUGGCAAGACUGCACUCUCUAAUGCCAGUCUAUUAAUACAUAAGGCCACCCAUGAAAAUGUGUUUCCCUAUAAAUGCGACAUUUGUCCGUAUCAAGGACGAACAAUGGACUUGCUGAAGGUGCACAAGAGAUCUCAUUUAGCUGAUAAACCGUUCAAAUGCACGCAAUGUCCUAAAGCAACAACUACAUCCAGUAAUUUGGCCAAACAUAUGCGACACGUGCACAGCAAUACCAGACCAUUCAAGUGCUCAUACUGCGAUAAAGCUUUCUCCUACCAACAUGAUAUGAAAAGGCAUGUUAAGGAUAUACAUUUAAGGCAAGGCACUGUUGAAUGUAAUAUCUGUUGUAAAAAGUUUAAUACAAAAAAAAUUUUACAAGGACACAGAUGGAAAAUCCAUAAAAUUAAAGGCGAAAGACAGGGCCGUCUGCCGUCGUACUUGAAGUGUCAAGCGGGAAAUUCAAAUAAUGAAAACGAGACUAGUGACAAGGACAACUGUGAUGAAAAUUGUUAAUAUUUGGGUGAUUCUUCAAAAAACUUUAACUUUUAUUUAACAAAUCAUUAUUCUCCCGCGUUAUUAAGCAUCAUCGUAGCUUAUUGUCAUCCUUAUUUAUAUUUGAUUGGUUGAGAGCAGUGUCACAGCUUAAUUUAUUGAAACCAAAUUUUGUGUUUCAAUCGCCAGAAUUGUUAACUUUUGGGUGAGGAUAAUGACGCCGUUAACUUUUUGUGACUUUUUUGAAGAAUAACCCAUUUACUAAGUUGCAGUAAAAUUAAGUACAAUAGGAUAGUAUCCUAACUUUUUUUAAUGUCAAAUACCUAUGUAAAAUUCACUACUUUCUACGAUAGUACAUUGAUUUGAAAUAUCGUGUGGUGUCACGAUUUACUGUAUCUUAUAGGGUAUCGUGACGUAACGGCCUCUCAUUCCUAAACUUAACUACAUUUUAUUUAAAUACCAUAUAUGGCAAAAUUAAAAAACGUGUCUAUUAUUUUUUUAUUACUUGAAUGACAGCCUAAUUAGAUUUUGAAUUUUCACACCCUGUCUACAUCUUGUUUCAGAAAUAUUGUUUCGGCUUGAAUAAUUGUUCCUAUAUUAUAAUUGUUUUUGUUACGUAGACAAUGGGCUCUCUUUUUUAUCAAAAUGUAAUAUGAAGUAAUGUUUUUUUCAAAAUGUCUUUUUUCGUAGUAAUUCGGUGCUAUUAUUUUAAUCAGACCCUUCUUGUUUUUUAAUUACCCAAUUUUUUAUAUCUCAAUUGAUUAAAGGACACGACUAGUUGCAAUCGGCGUCAAGCUCAAUUUGUACAUAUUAUGAAACAUAGAAUAUUAGAUUUUGUAAUCACAUUGCUGAACUAUGCAGUAUUUAGCAAGCUAACAUGAAAUUAUCAAAAGUAUUAUUAUUUAAAGUAAUUAGGAUUAUUUUUAUUUAUUUUAUAUGUUGUAGAAUAAUAAUUUAUGACUAUUAUUAACUUGAAGCAAAACACUAUUUAUUACUAGAAAGUAGAUUGCAGAAUGUAAUAUUGUAAUGCAAUUAAAAUGAUAGUAUAAUUUAUGUACCUAUGUAUCUCCUUUUUAUAAAUACAUAGAACUUUAAUUAUUGUA